AUGGUGGCCGCCACACAGGAGUGGGGGGGGCUUGCGACCCACGCUGGGUACGCGUACAAGCAGAAGAACGGCAAAUGCAAACACGCCAAGGUACGGCUGGGGGAGGUACGGCUGGGGGAGGUACGCCUGGGGGAGGUACGGCUGGGGGAGGUACGCCUGGGGGAGGCGGAGCAGAAGGCAACGACCAUAGGCAUCAGGGGGUAUUACCAGGUGGACUACUACGGCUGGCUGGGUCUGCUCCUCGUUGUCAAUGCUCAGCCCACCAUUGCAUUCGUGCGAGGCUCCUACCCCUCCUUCCAGACGUACACAGAUGGCAUAUACAACGACGCAGGGUGUGCAGCGGCAGGAGUGGUGGAUCACAGCGUGCUGGUGAUGGGCUACAGCAUCACGGCUGAGGGCGCCUACUGGAUCCUCCGCAACUCCUGGGGAGCCACCUGGGGCAUGCAGGGCUACAUGCAAAUGGCCUUUGGGGGAGGCAUUGGCAUCUGUGGCAUUCACUCUGUGCCGGCCAUCUACCCCAUCGUUAAGACGCUCCUCACCCCUCACCCCACCAUCCCCACCUUCCCUUCCUCCUUCCAAUAUGGGGGAGGUGGUAUAGUGAUAACCCACGCCAUGCCUGUUGCAGCAGAAUCCCUGUGGGGGGGCUACAUGUGCGGUGGGAGGCGAGUACGGCAACCCAUGCGCGUGUCUUGUCUGUAUCCUCCCUUCAUUCCUGCUCUUUUGAGGCGCCUCACAAGUCCUCUCCCCCACCCCAUCCCCCCUUCCCCCCCACACCAGAACCCACGCCGUGCAUGUCAGAGCAGAAUCCCUGUGGGGGAGCUAGACUGCACUGUGCAGCUGGUUGGGUUGCAUCAGCAUCAUCCCCCAUCGUCAUCAUCCCCCAUCGACAUCAUCCCCCAUCAUUACCAUCCCCCAUCAUCACCAUCCCCCAUCAUCACCAUUCCCUAUCAUCACCACCCCCCAUCAUCACCACCCCCCAUCAUCACCAUCCCCCAUCAUCACCACUCUCCAUCAUUACCAUCCCCCAUCAUCACCAUCCCCCAUCAUCAUCAUCCCCCAUCAUCACCACCCCCCAUCAUCACCAUCCCCCAUCAUCACCAUCACCUGCCUGCCCUACUUCCCCCCAUUCCUUCCCCUACCCUACUGUCCCUCCUGUCCUGUUAG